AGAGGGCAAAGGUUUGAAAGUACCCUUUGAGCCAGCUGAUGCUGAUGCUCAGGGUAUAAAAGGCCCGCCGGCGGGGCUAGCCGGCACUCACCAUGCGCGCCACGGUCUUGCUGCUGCUGGGGCUGGCCGCCCUAGCCUCGGCCGACACCACCUCCUACCAUGGGCACCGGCUGGUCAGCGUCCUGCCGCACACGCAGGCGGGGGUGGACCUGGUGAACGCCCUCGUCAAGACUCAUCACGUGCAGGAAUGGACCCACGCACGUGGCCCUGGCGUGCCUGUGGACCUGCUGGUGCCGCCGCGGAGCUUCGAGGCUCUGGUCAGCACCAUGAACAGGAACGGCAUUUCUGUCACCGUCAAGAUUGACGACGUCCAGGCAGUCAUCGACCAGCAGAUGGAGGAGCACCGCGCCCGCAAGAGUGCGUCUCGGGCCUUCGACCACACGCAGUAUCACACGCUGGAGGAGAUCUAUUCCCUCCUGGACGAAGUGGAGGCUGGCUCUUCCCUCGUGACCACGUACACGGCCGGCACCACCUACGAGGGCAGGGACAUCCGCGUCGCUAAGGUGUCUACAGGCGGCACGAAGCAGACCAUCUGGAUCGACUGCGGCAUCCACGCCCGCGAAUGGAUCUCUCCGGCCACGUGUCAGUACAUCCUGGACCAGCUGACCUCAGGCUACGGCAGCGACAGCGAGGUCACGGCGCUGCUCGACACAUACGACUUCCACGUCAUGCCCUCGGCUAACCCAGACGGCUACGACUUCACGUGGACAAGCGAUCGCUUUUGGCGCAAGAACAGAGUUCCUUAUGAAGGAAUUCUCAGUUGUCACGGCACCGACCCGAACCGUAACUUCAACUCCUCCUUCGGUGGCCCCGGCACAUCUGACAGCCCUUGCUCCGACAUUUAUCACGGUCCUUCGCCUUUCUCAGAGAAGGAGUCUCAAGCAGUCCGUGACGCCCUCUCGGCCCUGGACACGAAGAUUUACUUCUCCAUCCACUCGUACUCGCAGCUGUGGAUGACUCCGUACGGCUACACAUACACCCUGCCCGCCAACUACGACGAGCAGUACCGCGUGUCCGGCAUCGGCGUGGCGGCGUUGGAAGCAGUCCACGGCACCCAAUACGAGUACGGCACUAUUGCGGACGUCAUCUACCAGGACUCGGGAUCGAGCUCUGACUGGGUCUACGACGGGUGGGGCAUUCAGUACUCCUUCUCCCUGGAGCUGAGGGACACCGGGAACUACGGCUUCCUGUUGCCUGCAGAACAGAUCAUCCCUACGGGAGAGGAAACCUGGGCAGGCAUGAUAGCCGCCAUCAACGCCGUCAUUUAACCUAAUACAGUCAAUCACACACCUCCAAGCUUCUCCAUCACAACUGCGGCUUCACGAUGGCUGCAGCACAGACUAUCUUGAAGGGAGAAGACAUAUGGACAUAAACCAUCACCGCCUUCAACUCCGCCAAUUAGUUAGCUGUGGGUGACGCCCGGAGCGACGUGUCUCAGAGAAUUCCUUCUUUGCCACCAAAACUGUGUAGACACUCCAAAGUAUUUUGUCGUGGGAAGAGAAAUGGCCAGAAAAAUAAAAUAUACUUUGAUACAUUAAACGACAUUAAAGAUUGGAUUAAUGACCUUCAGUGUCAUGGGUGGAAAGUACUUUCUCAUGGGGAUAGAAGGGUUACCAGAAAGACAAAAAUGUAUGUUGGCACUUAAAAGAGAAUAAUG